AUGGCAGAAGCCCAAGAGCAGGGUGGCGUUUGUAAGGAUAAGCAUGUGAAGAAACAGUUGAGUGGAACUAAGCUUUUAGGAUAUCUGAAAAACAAUCUGGUGAUGGUUUCUCAUGUAUUGACAGUCUCCUUCACUGCUGCCCUGGUGCAGGAGCUGCCGCCCGACGUGCUGCCGCGCAAGAAGCCGCCGCAGUUCAUGGUGGACCUCUUCAACAAGGUGGCCGACGCCAACGGCAUCACGCGCGCGCCCGGGCUGCUCGAGGGCAACGUGGUGCGCAGCUUCGAGGACCGAGUCCGCGUAGACCAGCAUCACUUCUACUUCGACAUCAGCGCGAUGGAGAAGGGCGAGCAGAUGCUGAAAGCCGAGUUUAGAGUCUUCAAGCUCAAGAAGAAAGCCCUGGCUAGGAGGUCGGAUUCGCCACACUUCUGCAAGGUGGAAGUAUUUGAACUCUUGGAAAGUGGAAGUAAGCCACAGAAAAAGCACCUCAUUGCAUCAAGAUUAUUGUCAUUGUACACAGAGGGCUGGGAAGUGUUCAAUGUCACACAGACAGUUUCCAAAUGGGUUGGAAACAGCAGCUUCAACCAUGGUUUUUUGAUAACUACAACACAUGCUUUCAAUAAUAGAAUUGAGCACAACCUGGUGAAGUUUGCUAAGAGCCAGGGAACUCUGCAGGAGAGUAGAAACGCCCUCCUUGUCCUCUUCACAAACAGUCACAAACGGAGAUCUUCCAGCUUUGUGCCCUCUUCCACAAAACCGGAGCUGAACCCUGCCAGAACCAACUCUUUGGUCCGUGUGCCUCGCCAAGCUCACAUCAGUGACCGCAGCCACUCAAGCAGGAGACCUCGGGCUGCUGAAGUGCCUUCCACCAAAAGCCACGUAGCAGCAUGUCACCGGAGGGAGCUCUACGUCGACUUCCGCGCUAUUGGGGAAAACCAAAAUGCAACCAACCACGCCACUGUCCAGUCCAUAGUCCAUACACUCAAGUUGUCUCAAGAUGUCAGCACACCGUGCUGUGUACCAGAUGAAUUGAAGUCCCUCAAUCUUCUCUACUUUGAUGACAAAGAGAAUGUGGUCCUUAAAAAUUAUAAAGACAUGGUGGCAACAAGAUGUGGAUGUCAUUAA